AUGGCGGGUUCGGGUCAUAUGUGGCCUAACAGCCAAGAUGAUUAUGAAUUGUUGGAAGUAAUAGGAGUUGGUGCUACGGCGGUGGUACAUGCUGCUUUCUGCCGUCCCCGGGGCGAAAAAUGCGCCAUAAAACGCAUCAAUCUAGAGAAAUGGAAUACAUCUAUGGAUGAACUUCUAAAAGAGAUUCAAGCCAUGUCAAGUUGUAACCAUGAAAAUGUGGUGACAUACUACACCAGCUUUGUAGUGAAGGAAGAGCUGUGGCUUGUAUUGAGGCUCCUCGAAGGAGGUAGCUUACUUGAUAUAAUAAAACAUAAAAUGAGGGUAUCAAACUGCAAACAUGGCGUGUUUGAUGAGGCCACCAUCGCAACUGUCCUGAAAGAGGUGUUAAAAGGCCUGGAAUAUUUCCAUCAGAAUGGGCAGAUUCAUAGAGAUAUCAAAGCUGGUAAUAUUCUUCUUGGAGAUGAUGGCACUGUUCAGAUUGCAGACUUUGGUGUAUCCGCUUGGCUCGCUACUGGUCGCGAUCUAUCGCGCCAAAAAGUCCGCCAUACAUUUGUUGGCACACCAUGCUGGAUGGCACCCGAAGUCAUGGAACAAAAUCAUGGUUAUGACUUCAAAGCUGAUAUUUGGUCUUUCGGAAUAACAGCCAUCGAAAUGGCCACUGGUACAGCCCCCUACCAUAAAUACCCACCAAUGAAGGUGUUAAUGCUUACAUUACAAAAUGAUCCACCCACAUUAGAUACUGGUGCAGAAGAAAAAGACCAGUAUAAAGCCUAUGGGAAGACAUUUAGGAAAAUGAUCUUUGAGUGUCUCCAAAAGGAUCCGACUAAGAGACCUUCGGCCACAGAGUUAUUGAAACAUUCAUUCUUUAAAAAAGCAAAGGACAGAAAAUACCUAGUACAGACUUUGGUUUCAAUUGGACCAAGUAUGGAGACUCGGGUACAUAAAGCAAGUAAACGUCAACCUGGAGCAUCCGGCAGGUUGCAUAGGAUGGAAACUGGUGAAUGGGUUUGGGAGAGUGAUGAAGACGACGAGGAUGAUGAUGGCGACUCAGGUCGAGAUAGGCCUAUGAACCAACUUCUUCCUGCUGAUGCUUCAGACAGUGAAAGUGAUAGUGAAUCUCGGCCAGGGUUUACGAUUGGCUCGAUUGAAGCUGAAGAAGCACCUCUUAUCAACUUGGUUCUUAGAAUGAGAAAUUCUCAGAAAGAACUUAAUGAUAUUCGAUUUGAGUUUGCUCCUGGCAAAGAUUCUGCCGAUGGUAUUGCUACAGAGUUAGUUGGGGCUGGUCUGGUAGAUUCUAGGGACUCCAACAUAAUAGCUCAACAGUUACAGUUCCUUGUAGAUUCCUACAUAUUCCCGAACAAUACGACCCGCUCCCAAACUUUCCGUCUUGAAUCUGCUGAUCCAGCGGAACCUGUUGAUGAGAAGGGUCUUGUUGGUUACGCUCAGAUAUCAAUCGUCGACUGAUUGCAAACAGAACAACAAGAGCGCCGCGUAAAUUCUGGUUACGUAUCUCCUUAUCGUAGUGUAUAAGCACAAAAGGUGAUCUAAUACUUUAUUGCGAGAUGGUAGAUUAAAUAUAUCAUGUUUGUAAAUAGUUUUAGCACUCAUGCAGACUAACUACUGAGGUAAUAUAUUUUUCUUGAAACUGAAAAAAAAUACCAACUUGAUAAUAUCCUGGGCUUUUGUUAUUACCUACUAGAUUCAGAGCUAACAGCAGUGACGGUCCUGGCAACAUUUUCAAAGAUCUGGCGUCCCUUAAAUUUGUUUUUUAUUGUGUACGAUUUGAAAUCCAAUUAAAAAUCACAUACGGUUUUGGAGUUUUGACGCUAUAACUAAACCAAAUUACUGCUGCAAAAAAUGGCAAAUCGUUUAACCAGUUUGUGCCAGUAUUUACUGUGGUUUUUGUAUUAAAUUACAGAUCAGAAGUAAAUAUUACGUUGUCCAAUUUUAUUUAUUGUGUUACAUACAUGCACAUAUUAAUCACUAGUAUUGAGACGCGAUGACAAAUGCCUCCAGUCGUCAAAUCCAUAUUUUCUCAAUUAGAAUUGUGUUUUGUGUUAAGUAAACGACAGCAAAAAGAAUGUGCGUUAUGUGCAGGUUUUGAUAAACGAUCCAUCUUUUGGAAAAUCUUUCCAUUUGUCAUUACUUUUUCAAAAUAUGACCGUCACAAUUGUUUAGGUACCUAGUUUUAAUUAUUCAUUUCAAUACUUACAGGUUCUCGAAUAAUGAUUUGACCUUUUCUUGCAUUUCGGUAUAUCAUAUUUUAUUGUCUUUUUAUUAUUAUUUCUGCAAUAUUUCGAGAUGCAAACGAGGUUCCAGCUAAAUCUUCUUGAAUGUAGAGCUGCUCUAUUUCUUGGAGAGCAGUUGUUUUUUCAAGUGAGAUCUUCUUAUGUCGCUUCGAUAUGAAGUUCUGGUCCUUCUAAGUACCUUCCAAGUUUCAGUUUCGCCAUGCUUUUUCUGUUUUCUUUUUUAUUUUUGUGCACCAUAUAGUUUUUUUUAUAUUAAACAUUUUAUAUUAGCCAUUACUAAUUACUUACAUAACUAUUGAAUAGGAUACGUUUGAAAUAAUAUAUUGAAUUAAAGACAUUAAUUCUGACGCGCGAUAUCGAUGCCCCCGCGAGCGAUACCACGGGCAGAAAUUAGUAAUGAAAUAAUUAAAUUUACAAUUUUCCUUUACUUAAGGCGUUUAUUUUUGUAGCAUCUUUUAAUUAAUUACGGCCUACUUUCAUUUAGCGCGGUUGCAUGGUUUGCCUCUGGGCGCUUUAUUACUCCUGUCCGGUCCAGUGCUCAUCUAAAGGGUGCCACGGCCCGUGUUAUCAUAGAUCGUGCCGCGCCUGUGAACUUACCGACUCCCGACGGAUCUGACGGGCGAGAACAGGCUUCAUCGGGUGCGACGGUUCCCAUGGCCUGUUAUAACACGGGCCGUGGGACCCCACCUUGACGUGUUCACACUCGAUCCUUUUGACUGCAACAUGAAACGAGCGCCCCCGCAAGUUUUAGCGCCAGACCUCAGUCUAAACUCGAAAGGUUUAUUUGUAACCAUUGAAUACUUCGCACCUCCAGGAUGUGUCACAUCCUCAUCACCAAGUUUUGUGUCGUGCUAAGUUCAAACCAUAAUGAGUCGAUUAAAGUAAUGAGAGAGCGUACAUUACACGCAGAGCACAACUAAGACGGCGAGCAAUCGCCCCCGUGCGCUUUCAUGGUCACAGAAUACAUAAGAAAGGAAGAUCUGUACACAGAUAAUAUAAAAACGACUUAAAACUUCAACAGACAGUGCAUGGCGCAUGCUUACAGAAGCAAGCGAUUUGUCGCGUUCUUUGGCUUACCUUUUGGUUGAUUUCGGCGGCUGGUGCGGCCGCCUUAACAGAACUUAAUAUUUAAAGAUUAUCAAUUAUUUAAAAUGUAAUGUCUUAAUAGGCCUAAACAGCGUCACGCCGAUUUAGUUACUAGCAUAUAAAUGUUAAUCUUAAGCGCUGUAUAGCUAUAUCUAUGCUGUUUUAGGUACCUUUGUAUUUAUGGGUGAUAAAGGAAUUAGUUAUUAUGUAAGCUCAAGCGAAUGGAGAACGUAAUUACAACAAAUAUGAAUUUAUAGGAUUAUUGCGUUAUUUCUGCUCAGUUCAUUGUAGCGCUGUUAUUAAUUGCAUUUUAUUGAAUCUAUUUAAUGUGAGAAUAUAAUUUAAUUUUAUGAUUUUGUCGACAUUUUAUGUUUCAUACUAUACAAUAUAAGAAGAGGUACAUAUUUGAUGAAGAUAAAUUAACCGAGUGCAACACAAUAUAUAUAAAUAUUACCAAAGAAAUUUUGAUAGUAAAAAGGGUCCUAAUUUAGUGCCAUUAUUGUUUGAAGUUCAAGGUAGGUAUUUGUCGCAGUUUUUGAGAGUGGCCCUUUACGUUUAGUAGAAACACAUUCCAUUCUUGCAGUUUCAUUUUCAAUAAACAAAUAAAUAACAUAACUCUACAAUAUAUGUAGAUAUUUGUAUAUUAUAUGGAAAAUACCCUCAAUUUAUUUUUCAUUUUAAUUGACAAUGGCGUCUAUAGACACAAAAUAGUCAACAUGGCUGAUUGAUUUAACAAUAAUUAAUGUUACAAGAAGUCAAAGGUCACCUGUACUUCAUGAUAAUUAGUUUGGUUCCUUAUAGAUUUUUAAUAAUUAACAGCAUCACAUUCGUUUAUAGGUUCUUAAAUAGGUUAUAUUUACAAGUUUUACAUUGCGCGUACUAAUAAAGUUAUCAUUUAUUUUUGACCAUAUAAAAUAUAAUAUUUCGUAUUUACCUUGUGUGGUUGUAUGUUAGUUUUGAAUCUAUUAAUCGUUAGUGAUAAAUAAAUGCAAGCAACCAAUUUUUUUUUAAAUUUAUUUAGUGGCACGGCAUGCAAGUCCAUAGGCCGCAACCAAUUAUUCACCGACUGGGUUGCCAAUCAACUGUCCCAUUUCAACAAAGAAAAAUCUAUAUUGUAAUUAAAAUUGUAACACUGCAGUUGUUAGAUGGAUUCUCGUCUGUUUUUAUUUGUUAUGUUGUUUGUUGCUUUUGGAAUUAUUUUGAAAUAAAAAAUUGAGCUGA